AUGGGAAGAAAGCAAAUAUGGGAAAAACGCGAAUAUGAGAAAAACGCAAAUAUGGGAAAAAUGCAAAUAUGGCAAAAACGAAAAUAUGGCAAAAACGGAAAUAAGGCAAAAACAAAAAAUAUGGCUAAAACGGAAAUAUGGCAAAAACAGAAAUAUGGCAAAGACGCAAAUAUGGCAAAGACGCAAAUAUGGCAGAAAUACAAAUAUGGCAGAAACGCAAAAAUGGCAGAAAUGCAAAUAUGGCAGAAAUGCAAAUAUGGCAGAAACGCAAAUAUGGCAAAAACGCAUAUAUGGCAAAACACAAAUAUGGCAAAUCGCAAAUAUGACAAAUCGCAAAUAUGGGAAAAACGGAAAUAUGGGAAAAAAAUAUGGCAAAUCCGCAAAUAUUACUACAACGCGAAGAUGGGAAAAACGGAAAUAUGGGAAAAAUGCAAAACGCAAAUAUGGGAAGAAAGCAAAUAUGGGAAAAACGCGAAUAUGAGAAAAACGCAAAUAUGGGAAAAAUGCAAAUAUGGCAAAAACGAAAAUAUGGCAAAAACGGAAAUAAGGCAAAAACAAAAAAUAUGGCUAAAACGGAAAUAUGGCAAAAAUGAAAUAUGGCAAAGACGCAAAUAUGGCAAAGACGCAAAUAUGGCAGAAAUACAAAUAUGGCAGAAACGCAAAUGCGGGAAAAACGCAUGCGGGCCGGUGUGGCCGUGCGGUUAA